CUAUAAAUAGGAGGGAUGAAGCCAGCACAGAUCAGAUUCUCUCUACAGAGACCUCUACAGCACACAGAUCCAGACAUGGCACCUACAAUCACUGCAGCAAUGACCAAUUCUCAGGAGCAUCUCACUCUGACCCACAAGCUCAGAAAGCCUCUGGUGGAGAAGUUACGCAGAGAGCGAAUCAACAGCAGCAUUGAGCAGCUCAAGUCUCUCCUGGGUCCAGAGUUCCUCAAACAGCAGCCAGACUCCAAGCUGGAGAAAGCAGACAUCCUGGAGAUGACAGUUUGUGUCCUGACACAGCUGCAGCAGCAGCAUCAACAGCAGAGAAGACUGCUGAACCACUUCAACAAGCUGCAGUCUUCCUCUGAUAACAACCUGACAGAGGCUGACUUCUCUCCUCUGAGCUCCACAGUCCAGACCAGCAUCACCAAACAACAGAGUCCAGUCAACAGCGCCCUCUGGAGGCCGUGGUAGACACCUACAGACUGGAGUUACUACCAGACAAACUCAGAUGACCAUAUUGGUCAAAGAUUACUGGAAAUGAAUUCUUCUGAAUUCUAUGAACUUGUUCUUCUGUUUGUACAGAAGGUUUUAUUUUGUGUGUUUUCCUAAGGAAAUGACAACAACAAUAUCUUUCAAAUUAAGAAAGAGAACUUCUUGUCAUGCAUGUUGCAUGAACCAAAUCUGAUUGCAUCUGCAAUCAUUAUCAUUAUUAUUAUUAUUAUUAUUAUAUGUCAAAAAACAUUAACUGCCCUUUUUCUGUCAUAUUGUAUCAUGGACUUUAAUCUGUCUGAUUACUCAAAACUGACCUGUUGUUAGAUCCAAAUUGUUUUUACUUUUUGUUUUCUUAAAGUUUUGCUUAAUGUCACAAUUUUUCUGUGACACACUGCACGUCAUGUGUUGGUACAACACUGCACAUGGAUGACCUUUUGAAAGGUAUCGCUAAUUUGAGCUGAUCAAAAAAAAAAUUAACUGUCCUUUUUAUAGACAUUUUGUCAUAAUAGACUUUCCCUCAUUUUAUGUGAUUAUUGAGAGAUGAUCUGUUUUAAGAUCAACAUGUCCAAUCCUUUACUGUAAAAGGUUUGUUUAAUGUCACUCUGUCACAGUUUUACAGUGACCAUGUAUUUUUUACAUUUUGAGAAUCCAACCAAUUUAGUGGUUUUUAAGAACACUGUGACCUGUUAUGAGGUCAGUUUUUACUAUUUACUAUUUCUUUGGUUUGUAAGUGCAAAUAUUCAAACCUGUUUAGAAAAAUUCUUCUAAAGUACAAUGAGUACUGUGUCCUCAAAUACUGUAAACUGUUUGUCUUUUAUAAAGACAGUUGUUCCUUUACUCUCUCUGAGUACAGUGUGUCUUGUAGAAAUCUACAAAUUGUUGUUGUGAUGUAUCAUCACCUCUAGUUGGAGCUGUCAUAAUUUAUGUGGCUCAUUGUGUUGAAUAAACAAACACUGCAAGCUGAAAAUA